GGCUUCUAGUGGAACGAGUUGUGGAUUGUGAGGUGACUCUGGCCGGUGACUUCCGGUUCCUAGGGAUGCGCAUCCGGGUUACGCUAACGCCGCGGUUUCCUCCACCCGCUUGGUUCUACUGUGGGUCUGGACCGGUCCCCAUGUCCUGCUGUUGAGCCUCUGCAGCCUUUGGACUGAAGACUGCUGAGAGACACUUGCAAUCCAGUCACUUAAGCAUAAUAAAGAAAUAUUGGUCUUCAUGGAAGAAGAGCAAGAUUUACCAGAGCAACCAGUUAAAAAAGCCAAGAUGCAGGAAUCGGGGGAGCAAACUUUAAGUCAAGUAAGCAACCCUGAAGUCAGUGAUCAGAAACCUGAAACUUCAAGCCUUGCUUCAAACCUUACCAUGUCAGAGGAAAUUAUGACAUGCACCGAUUAUAUCCCUCGCUCAUCCAAUGAUUAUACCUCACAAAUGUAUUCUGCAAAACCUUAUGCACAUAUCCUCUCAGUUCCUGUUUCGGAAACUGCUUAUCCUGGGCAGACUCAGUACCAGACACUACAGCAGUCUCAGCCAUACGCUGUCUACCCUCAGGCCACCCAAACAUAUGGACUACCUCCUUUUGGUGCAUUGUGGCCAGGUAUGAAACCUGAAAGUGGUUUAAUUCAGACUCCAUCUCCAAGUCAACACAGUGUUCUUACCUGCACUACAGGGUUAACCACAAGCCAGCCAAGCCCAGCACAUUAUUCUUAUCCCAUUCAAGCUUCAAGCACAAAUGCCAGCCUGAUACCCACUUCAUCUGCAGUUGCCAAUAUUCCCACAGCAGCAGUUUCCAGCAUCUCAAACCAGGACUAUCCCACCUACACUAUCCUUGGUCAGAAUCAGUACCAGGCCUGCUACCCCAGCUCCAGCUUUGGAGUCACAGGCCAAACUAACAGUGAUGCUGAGAGUACCCCAUUAGCAGCAACCGCAUACCAGACGGAGAAGCCUAGUGUCAUGGUACCUGCGCCUGUAGCACAGAGACUUUCCUCUGGAGACCCUUCUACAAGCCCAUCUUUGUCUCAGACUACAUCAAGUAAAGAUGCUGAUGACCAGGCCAGGAAAAACAUGACUAGCAAGAACCGGGGCAAGAGGAAAGCUGAUGCAAGCUCUUCACAGGAUAAUGAAUUGGAACGGGUAUUUCUGUGGGACUUGGAUGAAACCAUCAUCAUCUUCCACUCUCUUCUUACUGGAUCCUAUGCCCAGAAGUAUGGAAAGGACCCAACAGUAGUGAUUGGCUCAGGUUUAACUAUGGAAGAAAUGAUUUUUGAAGUGGCUGAUACACAUCUAUUUUUUAAUGACUUAGAGGAGUGCGACCAGGUGCAUGUGGAAGAUGUGGCUUCUGAUGACAAUGGCCAGGACUUGAGCAACUACAGUUUCUCAACAGAUGGUUUCAGUGGCUCAGGAGGUGGUGGCAGCCAUGGUUCCUCUGUGGGUGUCCAGGGAGGUGUGGACUGGAUGAGGAAACUGGCUUUCCGCUACCGAAAAGUGAGAGAAAUCUAUGAUAAGCAUAAAAGCAAUGUGGGCGGCCUCCUCAGUCCCCAGAGAAAGGAAGCACUGCAGAGACUAAGAGCAGAAAUUGAAGUUCUAACAGAUUCCUGGUUAGGAACUGCAUUAAAGUCCUUACUUCUUAUCCAGUCCAGAAAGAAUUGUGUGAAUGUUCUGAUCACUACAACCCAGCUGGUUCCAGCUCUGGCUAAGGUUCUCCUAUAUGGGCUUGGAGAAAUAUUUCCUAUUGAAAACAUCUAUAGUGCUACCAAAAUUGGUAAAGAGAGCUGCUUCGAGAGAAUUGUGUCAAGGUUUGGAAAGAAAGUCACAUAUGUAGUGAUUGGAGAUGGACGAGAUGAAGAAAUUGCAGCCAAACAGCACAACAUGCCUUUUUGGAGGAUCACAAACCAUGGAGACUUAGUGUCCCUCCACCAGGCUUUGGAGCUUGAUUUUCUCUAAGAACUGGAAUGAAGAGCCUUCCCCAUGAGCUCCUUUUCACUCCUAAAGGGAGCUGGAGACCGGAACCAACUGGGAACUCACUCUCUCUCCCUUUCUCUCUCUCUUUCUCUCUCUCUCCCUCUCCCUUUCUCUCUUACCCCUUCCUCCCACCUUCCCUCCCCUCUCUCUCCAUGUCCAUGGAAUGCUGGCGAGAACACAAUCAGAACCAACAGCUGCAAGGGACAAAGCUUAUUUUUGCUAAGAGUGAGCUGCAGCCCUGUGUUCAUCCUUGUGCAGAAGCGGGAGACAGUUGGAUUGAGAGAACAAUAGACUCACUGCAGCUACAGUGCUUUUAAUUCUUCUGUUUUUUGUUUUGUUUGUUUUGUUUCAAAAAAUGAAGAAAAAGAAAAAGAAAUUCUUGGGGCAGAGUUUCACUCUUCGGUCCAUGACCUGAUUGAGAACUGCUAUUAACUUGUGAUAGGAUAAAUGUGGCCGACUUGUAAUACCAUCUCUGACAGUCUCUGUAAUCUCCUUAGCUGUAGAACAUAUUCCCAGUGAAUGUAUAUGUAAUUUUUAUAGGUAAGGGUCUGGUCUCUGAAGCAGGUUUUUCCUCUUUUCUUUUUCUAGCAAGAAAGGGGUAUGUAAAGUUUCCUUGAAAAAUAGUAAUUGAAAUAUCUAAAAAUACCUCUGUGACAAUAGCACCUCUUUAGCUGCUCCAGUGGUCUGCUCUCUAGGAUGGUUUCCCUCCUGUUCUUCCAUCUCCUAGUUUGCUGAACUGUGGGGCACUGGACACUGAUUAACUUUAGACUUUGAUAUUUCCCAUCCUAGAAGCCUUAGUCCCCUUUCCAAUACCUCUUCUCCUUUAAACAAAUGGCACAACCCCGGAACUCCUUCUCUUAGACAGUAAAUGCUAAACUUCAGCUUGACUCUUUUAUUCAAAGACUGUGUCCUAGCGGCUCACCUCCAAACUGGAGGGAAGGGACUAAGGCUUCUUGUGAAUUUCCGCUCAUUUGGCUCUUGAAACAGGAAGAGUCCACCUUUUCCUCCUGCAGAGAGGCACUCUUCUCCCAACAGAUGCUCACCCCUACAGGCUUCUCUUCCUUCUUGGUCAUCAUUGCUAGGCUCUUGUCCCUUUCCCGCCCUUGGUACCUCACAGCUGCCCCCAGCUGCUCUAGCCAACCCCUGGGCUUUGGACCCAAGAAGUCAAAUCACGUCUAAGAACAGGCUCAUAACUGCAUUUUGGCCAAAACUACCAAUGUAGUUGACUUCCUUUGAAGCCCUAUAAAGGAUAUUCUGGGCAUAUAUUUACCCAGAUAUCUCUGUCUGUAUCUGAAGAGGAGUGCUGUGAUCAAAAUCCAAUUUUUCCAUGGUAACCCCUCCCACUUCUCAAAUAUCAUUCUGAAAUGGGAAACCAGAGGACUUCUGGGAAGAUUGGUGGAUGCCAGGCAAUAGUCACAGCCUUCCAGCUCUGUUGUUUGUGGAAGCUCCACCCCUCUAAGACCAACCCGGGCAGGAUAAACUUGCCUAGAGCUGAGGAAGUUCAUCUCCCAGGCUGCAGAGAGGGGUGAUUAUAUAAGCACCUGAGAGAGACCGUAAGUCUGGGUUCUCAGGAGGAGGCAUCCUUGACCAACCCCAGCUAUAAUUGCUUGUCCCCAGAGAUUGUGCAUAUCCAUUUCCAGAGAUGAUGUAGCACAAAGAAGCCAGACUCCUCCCAAGGCCAGGUCACUCGGCAGGGAAAGGCUGUUUUAUACAUUCCUUCAGAACUGCUUGAGAAACUGCUACAUGACUCACAAUUUUAGGAAAGAGGUCUUUGGAGAGAAGCUGAAGUCAGUGCUCAUUACUUGGCUGUCUUUGGCCUUGUUUUCAUUAGUGGGAUGGGGGAGGGUGGGGAUAUGUAGUCUUAAGGCCGACCUUGCCGUUGUCUGAGUUAAACAGUUUCCCAGAUGCUGCUCUGUCUUGCUUGAUAAUUGACCUUAGUUCCAGGAUGGGUCUUUUCUUCCAGGCCCUAAGCCCUCCACCUACGGGCAGUGUAACAGUUGGUUUCCUGCUGGUGCUGUGCUUCAGGCUUGAGGCUGUGGAGUGGUGCCCCCGUCAUGCACACAGGUCCACACAAACACCUCCCUCUCCCUGCUCUUUGAGAGAAGCUCUUUAUUUCUAGAAUAUGACUUGGACCCCAUUUUCUAUGGCCUUUUCCCUCCUGCCCUGACUGCCCAGCCUAGGCCUUUGCAAAAGGAACUUGAAAUUGGCCAAAAGAGGUGAGAAGCUCUCUAAGCAGAGCAGCCUCGGCUCUCCUCUAGUUGUCACUGCCCUAUUUAGAGGGCAGGCAGAAAAUGGGACCUGGCUCCUCUUUGCCAAAAUGAAUUGUCUAGGGAACACAGUGUUCUUCUUUUACCAUGUUUUCCUCCCCAUCACAAAGAUCUGGAAAGGAGUACAAGUGGGUAGCAUCAAGAGCUCUUGGAAGCUGAGGGCCCAGGGACACUGGGGGUCCUUUCCUCAAGGAGGAAGGCAUCUUUAUGAGAAAGAGUCUGCAUGAAAUUAGCCACACGAUGAAUCCUUCCCCCAGCUGGGCACUGUGGGUUCUAUAAGAUGGGUCUGCACAUUUCAUGUUAAGGACUUUCUCUGGUAGGGGAUCUGGAGUUGUCAGGUGUGUCCUGGGUUUAAGAGGUAGCUUGACUUUCGAAUGUAAAACUGACUGUGCCUUAGCAUCACCCUGUCCAAUGCCCCUGGGGCAGCUGGUGGUGUCCAGGAGAAUGGAUUCCAGCUCCAGAUUUAGAUACUAUUUGGUUGGGGGUAAUCCUCUCUUCUGCUCUACAAGUUGGGGGUGGGAGGCAAAGCUAGUGUCCCAGGAGACUUUUGCCACAGCUUGUUCGCAGUUUACACAAACUCAGCUUUAAAGCUCUCAAGUAGAAUCUGAUUGGCAAACUCCAGCUGCAGCAUAUGGAGCUUCUAGGUGGUCACUCCCUUGAAUGGGUGUCAGUGCCACCGAAGCAUGAGAGAGAGGAAUAGAGCAGCAGAGCUCCAUCCUCCCUCUUCCAGGGAGUGUGGUGGUCUGAGCCAAGGGCUGGUGAGCUUGGGGUGUUCCUCUCCUCACUCCUGCAGAAGAGCAAGCUUCUGUUUCUUACCACUAAAUUGGUUUCUUUUUUCAUCCAAAAGUUGAAACUCCCCAGAUAUUUAUCCUAUACCAGCCAAAUCUGAGUUCUGAGAUUCUAAAAUAUUCUAAAUCACAAUAGGGAAAAUCUAGUUCUGUCCCAUCCCCGAUCAGCAGGCUCUCUUUCUGUCCCUUCCUCUCCUCUGAGUCAGACAGUUCUAGCAAGCAAGGCUCACUGGUUAGUUCGUAAUGCACUGACAGGAGCCAUCCCAUUAAGGACGACUUCUACUCAAAACCUGACCCUCUGGAUUACAGGUGCCUCAUUUAGCAGGAAAAGGCAUUGAUUGGAUUGGAUAUAUUUAUGUGACUGCGGGCAUUUGUGGCUGUAGAGUCCUUGACCAUAAUGUUAUAUGUAAUGGGAACUAUCUUGUAAACUUGAAAAAAAUAAAGUUUUUAUUUUCUAUA